AUGGAAGGGAACAAAUGCUUUCAAAGCUUUGAAAAUGGCGAUAAGAAAUUGCGAAAAAAACGAGAUGUUUUUGAAAUCAAAUGGGUUGAAUGUGGCGGUUUUAUUUUAAUGUUUUGGUUUGUUGGGGUGUUUGUUGCUUGGGUUGUAGGUGCAGUAUUCUUCGGUAUUCAUUUAUUCUAA